CUAAUAAUACUAAACAACCUAUUUCUUAUAAUAAUAAUGCUACAAAUCUUGAAAUUAUUGAAAACAAAGAGGAUAUGCAAAGUACUAAUCAGUUGUAUAUUAGACUUAUUAAUGCAACAAAAAAAAUGCUUGAAAUUCUUGAAGACCAACAGAACAAAGGAAAUUUUAGACCAUUUUCAGGUAGCGGUAGACGUAAUUCAACAAAUAGACAAAAUGGUACAACUCCUACAGAAGCUAGAGUUAAACAAACGUAUUCCAGAAUGAAAUUUGGAUUUACUUUGUUGGAUAUUGGUGAAAAUGAUAAUAUGAAAGAUAUAAAAUAUCGAUUUUAUGAAUUUUCAAACAAAACUAUUGCAAAUGAAGCAAUUAUUCGAUUUUCCGAAUUUAUUGAUAAUGAUACUAUAAAUGAAUCAGAUCAAAGGCCAAAAUAUAUUGUAAAAAGAGCACCAGAAAAACCUUUUAACAAAGAUAAUGAUGUGAUUGAUGAUUUGACAAACGCCUUAAAAUAUGGAUUAUUAUUGCCCUCAUUAGAAUAUGAUUCUUUUAGUACUUCAGAUAAACUUGAAGAAUGUAUAAAAGACAUUUCUCGUGAAAUAAAAGAGGUUGAUUCUAAAUUUCCUAAUCAAAGGAAACAAAUGAGGAUGUGUAUCUUUUUUGGUCGUGAAAUUUUCACGAAAAUUAAUGAUAUGUUUGAAUUUGACGUGAAGCAUUGGGUCAGAUUUAAAAGAAAUGGAGAAUCUCCCGUUUCAACUACAUUCAAUCAUUAUCAUUUUUCUAAAAUACUUGAUAAGAUUGAUCUAAUUAAGGAAAAGUUUGGAUUAGAAGAAAGAAUUGAAAAUCAUGAAAAAGACAAAAGAAGUAUUAGAGUCUUUUAUAUGAAAAAAGGAAAGAAGAAUAAAUUAAAGUUGGAAUGGGAUAAAGGAUCUGAUGAUCCAGAUUUAAGACUUUCUGUAAAAAGUCAAUAUGAUCACAGAUGGGAAAAUUUUUUAAACGAUAUUGUGAAAAAAUUACAAGAGAAACCAAAAACUAAAGAUUUUAAUGGACUUUGGUUUGCCUGUAAAGAUUUCCCCGGUAUAGAAUGCGUCUGUGUCCAACAGACAUUUAUGAAACGAUGUUUUUAUAAUGACAAGUUUCAGCUCACUAUUGAUACAACUUGUCGUGAUAACGGGGGAAAAGUUAAGAACGAAGACUCUAUUAGCGUAAAACAUCUUUCUUGGCGAACCAAUGAGGAAUUUGAUUUUGAAAAUACUAUUUUUGAAACCUUUAAGUUUGCUAAAGAAAUCAUCAAUUUUAUUAAUUAA